AAUCGAAAUGCACGAGAGAAUCCGCCUGCUCGUUUUCUUCUCAGUGUUGUUUUUGUUCUUGACAAUUGUAUGUGAAACUGUGAAAACAAAAGAGGCCUGUCCAAAUGUGAGGAAUUCUAUAGAAUUAUCAAGAAAAAGGAGACAUCUUGUAUUUCCAGACAGAAGCAAUAUGAUUCUUACCAUGUCAGUUGUUAAGGCAAUAAUGACCCACGCACCAUCAGGAUGGAAUAUAGCAUUGGAAAUAGACGUCAUGUUUCCACUACCGGAUUCGAACUUCACACUCAAACAUCAGAGAAGGAAGUUACACCGUCGACAGAUACGACAAUUAUGGGAGGGAAUGGAGAACGCCAUAAAUCUCCACAACCUGAACGGACGGGCUUGUAUCCUCAAAAGCGUAUGCGAGGCGAAGGUGUACUUGGCUCCUCCUGGGAAAUCAUUAGUUCAUGACAUAUUGAGGGCAAUAUUUGCGGCUCCAGUGUUCGAGAAAGAGUUCGUGCAGGAAGUAGGGUGGCUCUACGAUGAAUUAUCGGACCCACACUAUUGUGACAAAAUCAACGACUGCCCUUUCUCACUACUGUAUUUUCUUUUGCCAAAAUAAACUUGUUU